UGAAGUUAGUUUUUGGUGCAGAACGUGUCUCAUUCUUAUUCCAACGCCUCUACUAAGUUGUGAGCUCUAGCACUGUCCACUGCUUAGUGGCUAUCACUGGGAGAAAAGGCGGCCAUGGCCUUCUGCCAUGGCAGGAUGUCCGUCCUUGGAAGCUGUUUGAUGAACCGUAGCUGGACAGCAACAGCGUGUGUCAGACAGCUGUCAUGUACUACUACUCGCUGUUGCGCAAAGGCGGCACCAGCAGCCAGUAAACCCGAAGCCAACGGGGAGGCACCGGGCACGGAACACAAAUCGAUAGGUGCUUGCAAAGGAACGCAGUAUCUGAAGGACCAGCCAGACGUACCAAUGUACGAAGAUUCUUACUAUCCCGACUGGCUGUUCAAGUUGACCUUGCAGCGCAAGACUCUGCUCGACUUGGAUCCCGAAAGCCAGGAAUUCGCCUACGCUAUCCGCCGUCUCAAGAUGUGCGCUAACAACUAUCGCCACAAGUACAAGCUGGAUAUGUUCAAAAGGAAGCAUUCUGUACAUUAGGUCAUUUGUCAUUGCCAUCUAAACACAAUUCCAUUUGAAAUCUGCCGUGAGUGACCCUGUCUUUGA